ACAACCGACAUGAGUUACGUUUUCAUGUCAUUGAACCAGUGUUUAGAAUUGUUAUCUUUUGUAUACAAAUAAAAAGUUUCAGCGUCAAAACCAUAUGUACAUCACUUUCCUUUAAAUGAAACAUCCAUUUCAAAAUGGUUCAUAGUUGAAAGUAACCAAAAAACAUAGGGAAAUGGCAGGUCGGAGAGCAACAUUCAUAGCUUCCAUGGAACCUUUACCAAAUAGCAAUGAUCCAUUGCGAGAACUUUUCGAAGCGUGUAAAGUUGGAGACAUAGCUAGAGUUCGAAAGUUGGUAAAUUCUCAAACUGUGAAUGCCCGAGAUACUGCUGGAAGAAAGUCAACCCCAUUACAUUUUGCAGCAGGGUAUGGUAGAAGAGAUGUGGUUGAAUUUUUACUUUCUGCCGGGGCAUCCAUACAAGCCAGGGAUGAUGGGGGUUUACACCCAUUACACAAUGCUUGUUCCUUUGGACAUGCAGAUGUUGUAAGAUUGUUACUCGAGGCUGGUGCCAAUCCUAAUACCAGAGACAACUGGAAUUACACUCCAUUACAUGAAGCUGCCAUUAAAGGAAAAGUAGAUGUUUGCCUGGCUCUUUUACAGCAUGGGGCAGAUAUCGAUAUCCGGAAUACAGAGGGAAAAACGCCUCUAGAAGUCGCGGAUGUUUCAACCCGGCCUGUUUUAACUGGGGAAUAUAGAAAAGACGAGUUACUAGAAGCUGCAAGGGCGGGGGCAGAAGACAGGUUAUUGGCUCUCCUCAAUCCGUUGAAUGUUAAUUGCCAUGCGAGUGAUGGUCGUCGAUCAACACCAUUACAUUUAGCUGCGGGAUAUAACAGGACCAGAGUUGUUCAGCUUUUGCUUCAACACGGUGCUGAUGUACAUGCGAAGGAUAAAGGGGGUUUGGUACCGCUGCACAAUGCAUGUUCAUAUGGACACUUCGAAGUGACGGAAAUGUUGAUAAAGCAUGGAGCUAAUGUCAACGCUAACGAUUUAUGGGCCUUCACUCCCCUGCACGAAGCAGCCUCAAAAUCCAGGGUGGAAGUUUGUUCGUUACUGCUCAGUGAGGGGGCGGAUCCGACGCAGCUGAACUGUCACUCCAAGUCCGCCAUUGACGUGGCUCCGACAAGAGAAUUACAGGAGAGAUUGGCAUAUGAGUAUAAGGGCCAUUCGUUGCUGGAAGCUUGUAGGCAAGCGGACGUUGCCAAGGUAAAGAAAUAUCUAACUCAGGAGACGAUACACUUCAAACACCCAUACACCGGGGAAACGCCCGUACACGCCGUAGUAUCGUCCCUGUACCCCAAGAGAAAACAGGUGCUGGAGAUGUUCAUUCGUAAGGGAGCCCAGAUAAACGAGAAGAACAAGGAUUUCCUGACCCCGCUCCACAUCGCCGCCGACAAUUCUCACUACGACCUGAUGGACCUUCUGCUUCGAAACGGCGCCAAAGUCAACGCCUUGGACAGGUUGGGUCAGACCGCCCUCCAUAGAUGCGCCAGAGACGAUAACGUCCAAGCUUGUAGGAUCUUGCUGUCUUACAACGUGGACAUCAGUGUUGUUUCGCUUCAAGGUUACACAGCCGCGCAGGUGGCGUCGGAAGACGUACAAAAAAUCCUUCAAGAUCCUCCAGGAAGCGCUGAUGUUGAAUGCCAACUGCUCGAAGCUGCCAAAUCGGGUAAUUUAGAAUUAGUCCAACAGUUACUCACCAACUUUCCUCACAUAGUCAACUGCCGAGAUCUUGACGGUCGCCAUUCUACACCCCUUCAUUUUGCCUCGGGCUACAACAGGGUUGCAGUGGUGGAAUACCUGCUUGAACAGGGCGCUGAUGUUCACGCAAAGGAUAAAGGGGGUCUUGUACCGCUGCACAAUGCUUGUUCCUACGGUCACUAUGAAGUUACCGAGUUGUUGGUCAAGCAUGGGGCCAGCGUCAACGUCGCAGAUCUAUGGAAAUUCACACCGCUUCACGAGGCCGCCGCCAAGGGAAAGUACGAAAUCGUCAAACUUUUGCUCAAGCAUGGCGCAGAUCCGAACAAGAAGAACAGGGAUAACGCGACGCCCCUUGACUUGGUCAAAGAGGGCGAUCAAGACGUCGCUGAUCUGUUGAAGGGGAACGCGGCCCUUCUGGACGCCGCUAAAAGGGGCAACCUCGCCAGAGUGCAGAGGUUGGUCAAUACGGAAAACAUAAAUUGCAGGGACGCGCAAGGUAGAAACUCGACGCCGUUGCAUCUAGCAGCCGGUUACAAUAACGUGGAAGUGGCCGAGUUCCUUCUGGAGAACGGGGCGGAUGUUAAUGCGCAAGACAAGGGCGGUCUCAUCCCGCUCCACAACGCUUCUAGUUAUGGACAUCUGGACAUAGCGGCUCUUCUGAUUAAGCACGAUACCGUCGUUAACGCGACUGACAAGUGGGGUUUCACACCCUUACACGAGGCGGCACAGAAGGGGAGGACCCAGCUAUGCGCUCUACUGUUGGCGCACGGGGCAGAUCCGUUUCUCAGGAACCAAGAGGGUCAAACUCCGGUAGAACUGGCCUCGGCGGACGAUGUUAGGAGCCUCCUGCAAGAUGCGAUGGCCUCUCAAAACGUGCCGACUACAUCGACGUCCACGGCUCUGAGCUUCAUGUCGAGUUCUGUCUCCGCCAUCGUACCGUCCCUCAGCAUGGAGACUGUGAUAAUGCCUUCGGGAGCCGCGGUACAGCUCUCGACGCCUGUAGGCAACAGGGGCAGCGUGGCGAUAGCGGAAGGAUGCUGUUCGGCCUUGAAACUCGAAGGCGUCGCCUCGGACGUUGGCAACGUCACCGACAUACGAAGCUUCCUCCAAACCCUGAACCUGGUCCAGUUGCUGGACAUCUUCGAGAGAGAGCAGAUAACCCUGGACAUUCUAGCGGAAAUGAGUCACGAGGAUCUCAAACAGAUUGGAAUUUCGGCGUACGGUUUCCGACACAAGUUAAUUAAGGGCAUGGAGAGACUGUUGGUGAGCUACGGCGGUAAAUGGACGUCGAACAAUCCGGGUACCUUGCUGGUGGACUUGUCGUCCGACGAGGCGGAAUAUAUAACCGUCGAAGAGGAAAUGCAGAACAGUAUAGGUCAGCAUAGGGACAACGGACAGGCCGGUGGGGUCUUCAAUAAGUACAAGAUUGUCAGGAUACAAAAGGUGCAAAACAAGAAACUGUGGGAACGAUAUGUACAUAGAAGGCAAGAGGUGGCGGAAGAAAACAAUAACCAGUCGAACGAGAGGAUGCUCUUCCACGGAUCUCCAUUCAUUAACGCGAUCGUACAGAAGGGUUUCGACGAGAGGCACGCUUACAUCGGGGGGAUGUUCGGGGCCGGCAUAUACUUCGCCGAACACUCUUCGAAGAGUAACCAGUAUGUCUACGGUGUAUUAGGUAGCACCGGCUGUCCGACGCAUAAAGAUAGGUCUUGUUACAUCUGUCACAGGAACUUAUUGUUAUGCCGCGUGACCUUGGGAAAAUCCUUCCUGCAAAUCAGCGCGAUGAAGAUGGCGCACGCGCCUCCGGGACACCAUUCGGUCGCCGGACGGCCCUCUAGCGGCGGCCUGAACUUCCCGGAGUACGUAGUGUACAGGGGUGAGCAGGCCUACCCGGAAUACUUCAUCACCUACCAGAUCGUGAAACCGGAGGACUUCCCGUCCGGCUCGGAGUCCGAGGCCAGGUGAUUCAACCUGCAACGUUGGUCGGUGGUGCGCAAACACCCCUCCUCGUACAAGGACUAUCUCUGUUUCAUUUUCUGCGACGCCCUCAACUUUCUGGCGCCGACUAGGAAGAAGUGCAGCUGUCACGAGUCGACCGGUUGAGGCGGUCCGAACGUAUUCUUCAACGGGGUGCGCUAGAGGAAAUUCGUCCUUCGUUUCAUAGUUGACAUUUGACAGAUGCGGCCUGUUUAACGUCUGGGUUUUAAACUCGUAAGUACGGAAGAAUUGGAAGAUUUUCACCUUUGAAUUCGCAUUUAAUGUUCCUUAGGAAAUGGGAGAUAUUUUCUUACCACCUUAUUCAUUAUUUUCAUGCAGAUUUUUCAAAGUAUGCUGUCAAAUCCCAAGUGAGAAGGUGAUCAAGUAAUUUUAUCUUUUUUAAAAAAUACCUUUCCAAUUUCCAAAUAUCAAAUUCGUGUAGUUUAUCGAAGAUUUUUUUAUACAUUCAUUAUGGGUAAUGCACAACUUUUUCUUUACAUGGCUAAAAAUCAAGAAAUGUGGCUUCACAUAAUAUAAUCACCCAAAAUCAGAAGUUCCAAGCAAUUUAAACAGUCUCUAUUCUGUAUAUUUACGAAUAGUCAAAAUAUCGUUCAAAUUCAGGCGAGAAAAAUAAUUAUAAAGUAGCUCAAUAUAUUCUAAUUGAUCUCAUUAUCAGAUACAAUUUUUUAAAUAUAAUUAUGGUAGAUGACGGGGACUACUAGUAGAAUGUAACAAGAUUCAAGGAAUUUUUGUUCUAGUUAAGCUCGGUAUCUUCAUUUUAGGUGAAGGGGAGUAUUGACUUCGUGAUUAUAGAAGGUAUUCCUUCAUGAACAGAUGAAAAAACGUCUAUUAUCAACCCAUCCGAUAUUAUAUUGUUCAAAAGUGAAUUUUCUGGGUUGAUUUUUUCUUAAGUACCAGCAAAAUAACAUUUUAUUGUUACUAAGGUUUGUUUGAAGACUUAGUG